AUAAAGAAAAUGUGGUAUAUGUACACCAUGGAAUACUACUCAGCUAUAACAAAGAACAAAAUAUUGCUAUUCAGCAACUUGGAUGGUGCUGGAGGCCAUUAUUCCAAGUGAAGUAACUCAGUAAUAGAAAACCAAAUAUGUAUAUUCUCACUUAGCAGUGAGAGCUAAGCUAUGGGUACACAAAGGCAUACAGGGUGGUGUAAUGGACUAUGGAGGCUCAGAAGGGGGAGGGUAGGAGAGAGUGUGGGAUAAAAAACUAUGUAUGGGGUACAAUGUACACUACUCGGCUGACAGGUUCACUAAAAUCUCAGGCUUCACCACUAUACAAUUCAUCCAUGUAACCACAAACCACUUGCACCCCAGAAGCUAUAGAAAUAAAAUAAAAAUAAAAUCCCUUCCAUAGCUGAAUAAAACAAAAUAAAAUGUCUAUAUAUUGAAACUGGGUCACUCAUAUGUUGCUGGUGAGAUUGUAAAAUGGUACAACCACUUUGGAAAACUGUUUGGAAGUUCCCAAAAAAACAAAACAUGCCACUACCAUAUGGCCCAUUGCAUUUCUGAGCAUUUACCCUAGAGAAAUGAAAGUGUAUGUUCACACAAAACCCUCUACAAGCAUGCUCAUAAAAUUUUUAUUUUAUUUUAUAUUAUUUGACAAAUAAUUUUAUGUAUUCAUGAAGUACAUAGUGAUGUUUCAAUGCUGAUAACAUAUAAUGAUCUCAGAUCAUGGUAAUUAGUGUAGCCAUCGUCUCAAACAUUUAUCAUUUCUUUGUGUUGGGAACAUGUAACAUCCUCCUUCUAGCUAUUUGAAACUAUAUAAUAUUGUUAUCUGUAGUCAUCUUACAGCUCUAUUAGAAGUUAUUCCUCCCGUCUAGCUGUAAUUUUGUAUCCUUUAACAAAUCUCUUCCUAUCCUUCCCUUCCGUGCAUAGCAGCUUUAUUCACAAUAAACUGUGGUACACAUUUACCAUGGAAUACUACUAAGCCAUGAAGAGGAGUAAAACAUUAAUACUUGAAACAACUUGGAUGGGUUAUCAGGGAAUUAUAUUGAGUGAAACAAGCCAAAUCUCAAAGGGUUACAUACUGCACGAUUCCAUUUAUUUAACUGAUACAGUUUGGAUACUUGUUCCCCCAAAUCUCAUGUUGAAACGUAAUCUCCAGUGUUGGUGGUGGGGCCCGGUGGGAGGCAUUCGGAUCAUGGGGACAGAUUCCCUCAUGGCUUGGUGUUGUCCUCGUGAGAGUGAGUGAGUUCCCAUGAGAUCUGUUUUUUUAAAAAGUGUGUGGCACUUACCCUCCCACUCUCUCUCUUGCUCCUGUCUGGCUGUGUGAUGUACCUGCUCCUGCUUCAUCUUCCACAUGAGUAAAAGCUCCCUGAGACCUCCUCAGAAGCUGAGCAGAUGCCAGCACCACGCUUGUACAGCCUACAGAACUAAGUGAAAGUUAAGAGAAGUCUGAAGAAGUCAGUUCCAAGAAAGGAGUUAAAUUAUUCAGGAAUAAGAACACUGACACCCUGAGAGUUCUCACAGUUCGUAAGUGGCAGAGCCAGAAUUUAAAUCCAGGGAGUGUAACUCCAGUCUCUCACUCAACAGUUAAAACUGGAUAUUAUGGGAGUUUCCGUUACUAUGGCAAUGACGGCAGGGACUACAACAACCUUUCCUAUGAGCAACCAUACCCGGGAAAGAGUGACUGUAGCCAAGCUCACAUUGGAGAAUUUUUAUAGCAACCUAAUUUUACAGCAUGAAGAGAGAGAAACCAGGCAGAAGAAAUUAGAAGUGGCCAUGGAAGAAGAAGGAUUAGCAGAUGAAGAGAAAAAGUUGCGUCGAUCACAACACGCUCGCAAAGAAACAGAGUUCUUACGGCUCAAAAGGACCAGACUUGGCUUGGAUGACUUUGAGUCUCUGAAAGUUAUAGGAAGAGGAGCUUUUGGAGAGGUGCGGUUGGUCCAGAAGAAAGAUACAGGCCAUAUCUAUGCAAUGAAGAUAUUGAGAAAGGCUGAUAUGCUUGAAAAAGAGCAGGUGGCCCAUAUCCGAGCAGAAAGAGAUAUUUUGGUAGAAGCAGAUGGUGCCUGGGUGGUGAAGAUGUUUUAUAGUUUUCAGGAUAAGAGGAAUCUUUAUCUAAUCAUGGAAUUUCUCCCUGGAGGUGACAUGAUGACAUUGCUAAUGAAGAAAGACACCUUGACAGAAGAGGAAACACAGUUCUACAUUUCAGAGACUGUUCUGGCAAUAGAUGCGAUCCACCAGUUGGGUUUCAUCCAUCGGGAUAUUAAGCCAGACAACCUUUUAUUGGAUGCCAAGGGUCAUGUAAAAUUGUCUGAUUUUGGUUUAUGUACGGGAUUAAAGAAAGCUCACAGGACUGAAUUUUAUAGAAAUCUCACACACAACCCACCAAGUGACUUCUCAUUUCAGAACAUGAACUCAAAGAGGAAAGCAGAAACUUGGAAGAAGAACAGGAGACAACUGGCAUAUUCCACAGUUGGGACACCAGAUUACAUUGCUCCAGAAGUAUUCAUGCAGACUGGUUACAACAAAUUGUGUGACUGGUGGUCUUUGGGAGUGAUUAUGUAUGAAAUGCUAAUAGGAUAUCCACCUUUCUGCUCUGAAACACCUCAAGAAACAUACAGAAAAGUGAUGAACUGGAAAGAAACUCUGGUAUUUCCUCCAGAGGUACCUAUAUCUGAGAAAGCCAAGGACUUAAUUCUCAGAUUUUGUAUUGAUUCUGAAAACAGAAUUGGAAAUAGUGGAGUAGAAGAAAUAAAAGGUCAUCCCUUUUUUGAAGGUGUCGACUGGGAGCACAUAAGGGAAAGGCCAGCAGCAAUCCCUAUAGAAAUCAAAAGCAUUGAUGAUACUUCAAAUUUUGAUGACUUCCCUGAAUCUGAUAUUUUACAACCAGUGCCAAAUACCACAGAACCAGACUACAAAUCCAAAGACUGGGUUUUUCUCAAUUAUACCUAUAAAAGGUUUGAAGGGUUGACUCAACGUGGCUCUAUCCCCACCUACAUGAAAGCUGGGAAAUUAUGAAUGAAGAUAACAUUCACACAUAACCAAGAGAACUCAGGUAGCUGCAUCACCAGGCUUGCUUGGCGUAGAUAACAAUACACUGAAAUACUCCUGAAGACGGUGGUGCUUAUUGACUACAAGAGGAAAUUCUACAGGAUUAGGAUUUCUAAGACUACUAUAGGAAUUGGUUGGCAGUGCCAGCUGGCUCUUUUGUUUAAUAUUUUAUUAUUUUUGUUAACUUUAUUAUACGAAGGUACUGGAAUAAAAGGAACAGACAUCCCUUUCUAACUGCACUGCCUACAUGCGUAUUAAGGUCCAUUCUGCCUGUGUGUGCUGUGGCUUUGAACUGUAACACCUCUAAUCAAUUCAGGAGAAACACAUAUCAUUUAAAGCAACAUAGGCUAACCUGUAGGUAACACUGCAGUAUUGAUGUUUUACUGCAAAUCUUCUGGGUCUAGAUAAUCAGUAAAAGCCAUCUUCCUUAGUUGGUGUUAGAACAUUGCCCUAUUGGUUUGGACAUCUGUAGAAUAUAUAUGAAGACAAUUUCUGUAAUGGUUUUAAGAGAUCUAAAAAGAAAUUUCACUGGUUCUUUACAAAAUAGAAUUUAUCAUCAAGUUAUUACACAAACUUCACAGUAAGGAGUGACAAGUUUAUAAUAAGGAAGAGAAAGUUUAACACCUUCACUCAAGCACUCCACUAAUAUAUUUGCGUUGCAUUCAGAAAUACUGAUGACCUUUAUAUACAUAGUCUGUAUACUCAUAGGGAGAUGUACUGUAUUAUAUAACAUGUAAAGUUGAUUUUCUUGUGACAAGAGGACUUCUUUUUUUAACAAGAGGACAUGGCAUUAUUUUAAUUUGAUUAUGGUGAGUUGAAUUUAAGAAAUGACCAUGAAGGCUGCUUGUAGAAUUAGUGUAUUUUUAUUAAACUAUUUUUUUAAAUGUCAAACUUCUAUCAUGUAAAUGGACUUAUAGAGAACAAAAAGCUAUUUACUUUGGUUUUCUAGAAAGUUGUUACAUAUCAUGGCUGGUUAACUUUUAUUUCUUUUGAUGAAAAUUUUUCCUUUGAUAGUACUUGUAUUAUUGUGCCAUUAUUUUCUUAUGCUCCAAAUGUACCAAAGAUCUUGAACAGAGUGGAUGUUCACAACUGAGUAGAAUUUUCCUUUCCUGUGGGCGUGCUGUAUUCAGACCUGACAGAUCUGUGAUAGAGGUCAGCUUAUUAAAGGGCAAUAUUGUUCGUGUUUUUAGCUACAUCACUGUGGUGAAUAUAGAUGGAAUUAAGGAAGUAAAUGCAGGCCAGGGGGUUGUGAUGAGAGGAUAGGGGAGAUAAUAUCAACAUCAAAUUCUUUGGAUAUCUCCCUAAGAAUUAAAUAAUCUUUUCUAGCUUAAUAUUUUAAUUCUAAUUCAAAGAACUCUCUGAGGUUUUGGUUUCAUUAGCAAUAGUUGAGGAAUAAUAUACUAGCAAAGAAUGGCCUAAUGUUUGUCUUAACUGUUAAUGGAUGAAAUUUUUUAAAGAUACAACCAUGAUAACCAUUAUAAAUGAUCUAUGAUCAAAAUCUAGAGUGAUGAAUUAUUUGUAGGAAUGUCUUCCUAAUGGGGAGAAUUGCACAGGAGCAUUGUGCAGAUCUACAAAAGCUUUUGUCAGUGUUGCUGCUAGGUAGCUCCACAGCGUGUUCAUGAGGCCGUCCUGCUUCCCCCAACUCCCCCAUUUUUGGUUUGUUUCUUUUUAAAUAUUUGUUGAGUACUUAGGUGUGUAUCUAACAGUUCACUUCCAUUUUUCUAGUCUGGAUUUUUUGAGUAUUCAGGAAAGAGAGCUAUUAAAAACUCUGGGGAUUUCUCAAUUUGACUAACUCUAAUUUUUCUAAUUAUAACUGCCUUUAAUUAACAUAAUAUUAACUUCUGCUGAGGUUUAUGAGAUUUUCUCACCCCACAUUGCUCUCCUUUUUUUAAAAAGGACUGUUUUGCUAGUGUGAUAAUGAAUAGGUAAGAUAUGAAAUAAUUGCAACAUUGUCUAGUUCUAGUAUGGUAACUAUACUUGAAAUGGUAUUGAAAAAUACCAUUAAUUCAAAUUGACAGAGAUUGAUAAAAAGAAACUGAUUUACCUAAGUUUACUUUUUAAUUGCAUAAUAGAGCAUUUUUUGUUUUGAGUUCCCUCAUUCUUAUUACCAGAAAGAGCUUGCAAAUAGUUUUACUUUCUUGGCACUGGAAGGGUAGUUCUGGAAAGCUACUUUGUUGAGAGUCUCAUUCUUCCCUGGAGUUAAUAGAGUGAUUCACAAUCUUUGGGGUUUUCUCCUCAUCAAAAGCAUUUCUUAAGUGCCUAUCUAAAAGCAAUUAAAGACUGUGUCUGCCCUUUGGAAGCUAAGAAUUUGAUUCAUGAUGCAAAUUAACUAGAUAAUUUGCAAAGUACCCUUGAGAUUGAAUUUUCUCUAUUAUACAUUUCCCGUAUUUCAGGUGAAUAAUUUAAUUUAAAUGACAAAACUCUAGUCAACUGGGCAUAAUGACAUUUUCUUUAAAUUAGACUCUAUUUUGAAUUAAAAGAGUUUUAUUAUAAAUUGUGUGUUUUUGGUUUUUCUAAGUAUAUAGAAAGCUUGUAUAAUUCAGAUUUAUCAAUUUCCUGAUUUAAUGUAGACUUUGACUUUUUUAUUAAAAACCUUUGUAUUAAAGCAAGUUAUGUUAUUUUUCUUUUAUGCAUUUAUUACUAACAUAGCUUUAAAUCUUUAAAUGUAUUGAAGCAUUGUGCUGUCUGAAAAUAAGGAAUUGCUUAUAAACCAGCCACUUCUGAAUACAAUAUAUAGCUGAUUUAAUAAGCUAGUUAAUGAAUGGAAAAUAAGUGUGGAGUAUUAAAAAUGUUCUUUGGUUGGUAAGGCCUAAGAUAGGGUUUCAUUUAUUUCUAUACUUUUUCUGUUUUUUAAACACCUGCAUAUUUUUAUGUAAAUCUCUAAAAUAUUUUAAGUACAUUUAUUUUUGGUGUUUUAUUGUAUAAAACCUUAGACAAUCGGUCAGUCAGUCUUUACUGACAGGAGCAGCAGCUAUCUGUCUUUAGCUGAUCUACAAAUACAUGAAUUGAGAAUUUAGUCCGUGGAGAUCCCUGGCUACCAAAUAUAUUCUCCUUUGAAUUGUUAAAAUUCAGAACAUUCAAAAUAACUGUAUUGCUACAACCAUGAUUAUUUUCCUGUUGUGUUUAUUUAAAUUUACUUUCUCUUUAGAAGUGCACUUAUUUCUGAAAAAUCUUAAUGAAACAAAUGCUUAGAACAAAUAUAAAUAUGAGACACUUGGGACUACUAGAGAUAUUUUAGAUUUUUAUGAAAAAACUGUGAGGGGAUAUUGCUGCUUUAAAAAGGAAUAAAGUAAUAAAAAUAUAUCUGAGCUAUUUUUUUAAAGCAAUAUAAUUCAGCAAUUGUCUAGAAAAGUAAUCAUGAGGCUACUGAAUUUGGUGUUCAGUUACUGAGUUUCAAAAAUGUUUUGGUGGCAUGAGGACAAAAUUUCAUUGAAGGUAAGAUAAGAAUAAAAACUAUGUUUACAAAA